UAGGCUGAGAACCCCUACAAAAUUCUACUCAUCCCUUCCUAAUAACGGGGGGCAGACAGGGUGAUGUUGAACCCACACCCCUUUACCCCAAGGGGCUGCUCCACCUAAGUAGACACCUCUUUUACCUUGUCUACAUUUUUGACAGCUCCCAAAGUUUGGAUAACCCGUUUCACAAAGCCUUUACACCAAAUCCUAAAGGUAGAUUCAGGAGGCAAGACAAUGGCCAGCUUUCUGUUCCUGUUUGUGGCUGCAGCUCUGCUGGUGCUGACUCAAAGUUGCCCUGAUACCUGCACCUGUGUGGAUAAGUAUAACCAGCAGUUUGCCGACUGUACUUACAAGAAACUUCAGAAGGUUCCAACUGGAUUUCCUUCUAAUAUCACAACCCUCAGCCUUUCUGCCAACAAGAUUAGCUCCCUUAAAAGGUCCUCCUUUUUGGGAGUGCCCCAGAUAACAUCACUGUGGAUGGCUCACAAUGAGAUCAGUUCAGUGGAAAAGGGCACUUUGGCCACACUGGUACACCUAAAAAAUCUAGACAUUAGUCAUAAUCAACUUGUUGACUUUCCCUGGGAGGAUUUGGCUAGCUUACCUGCACUCCAGCUUCUAAAAAUGAACAAUAACCGGAUGGUUAACCUACCCUUGGAUGCUUUUCAGAACCUUACAGAUCUCAGAUCUCUAAGGAUCAACAAUAACCAAUUCUCCGUCAUACGGGAGGGUACCUUUAAGCCACUAAUUUCCCUCUUACACAUUCAAAUAUAUAACAAUCCAUUCCAUUGCUCUUGCUCAGUCAUGUGGCUUAAAAAAUGGAUGGAGGAAGCUCAGGUAACAGUGGCUGAAAAGGAUUCACUUACAUGUGCUUCACCAGAGGAUCUCCGUGGAACUCCCCUCUCUAAAAUCCCAGAGUUGCCUUGUGAGUUACCCACUGUUCAGCUGAGCUAUCACCCUAACCUGGACAACACAGAGCUUUAUGAUGGAUUCACUCUAACUCUGCAGUGUAUGGUGAGUGGUAGCCCUAUGCCCGCCAUCCAGUGGAAAGUCCGCAAUUCCACCCAAGAGACAGAAAUUAAGGUACCCACCAGCUUGUCCAAGCCAAGUGCCUCUGGUAACUUUUUGGUGUAUUCUAAUGGUACUCUAGUAGUUCCACACCUUAGCAAGAAGAUGGAAGGAACCUACACAUGCCAAGCUACUAAUGAAAUGGGAAGCAGUCAGAGCUCAGUCAACGUUUCAGUGGCAGGAAGCCAGAAGUAUCCCACCAAGACCUUGGAGGAUCCAACAGUUGGAAAAACAUCUUCAGAGGGGAAGAAAUCUGGAGUAAAGGUGUCAGGGAACAGUGUUCUCAAAUCAGAUACACCAGAGGAAAAAAUUAAGACUGUGCUGCCCACUAGAGAAACUGAGGGAACAAAUAUAAAUGAAGGGGGCAUCCUGGAAACCCAAGACCAUCCAGUGACAUUUGAAAAUAAAUGUGGCCGAAACGUGAAUAGUCACCAUGUAUCAAAUCAUGCGUUUAAUGAAAGUUCCAACCUUAAACCCCAUAUAUUUGAUCUUGGGGUGAUUGCGCUGGAUGUUUCUGAAAAGGACGCAAAGGUCCAAAUCACUCCUUAUCCAUCAAGCCCAGGCAAAAAUCGCCUCAAGAUGCUCUACCUAUGCCAAGAGAGCCGCAAUGGCUUUUCUUUGGUCCAGUGGUCAGAAAUUGAAGACAAGGUUAACUCCUACUGGUUUCAAGGGUUGACUCCUGGCACCAACUAUUCAGUAUGCUUAACUUACAAAGGUGAAGACUGCCAAGUGCAAGUUGUUUUCACUACCAAGAAAGAAGUUCCCUCUUUAAUCAUCAUUAUCGUGGUGAGCAUUUUUCUUUUAGGGUUGGCUACCAUACCCUUGAUGGGAGCUACUUGUUGUCACUUACUUUCUAAGUACCAUGGGAAGAACUAUAAACUCAUAAUGAAGGCCCACAAACCUGAUCCAAUGGAAAAGCGCAUAGAUGCUGACUUUGACCCAAGAGCUUCUUAUGUGGAGUCAGAGAAAAAUUAUAACCCCAGUGAAGCUGAGGAAGGGGAAGCUGAAGCAGUGCCUGUGGAGGGGGAGGGGGAAGGAGAGCCAGAGGGAAGUGUCCUGGAUGAGACCCUUCCUAAUUCCCAAUCCAAAACUAACCCAGAAGAUUUUGAAGUAGGUUCAGAGUAUAGUGAUAGGCUUCCUCUUGGGGCAGAAGCUGUGACCAUCUCUGAGGAAAUUAAUGGCAAUUAUAAACAACCUGCAAACUGACCUGUAUGACUCAGUGCUACCCCCCAUACAUUAAAAUUUGUCCCAAGAAUAUGUGCCAGAAUUAGUUCUUCAUCUGAGAUGAGAUAGGGGGAUAAGUGAACCUUAAAGAUUUAACAUAGUAACUGCCAAAGACCCCAACAAAUACAUAUCAAAAUGAUUACAAAAGUGGGUUUGUAGGAAACCAGGAAGUUCUCAGUUGUGUUUUGCAGCAGUAAUAUUACAUUUCGCAGUCUUGCAGAAAUACAUGAAUUUAAUAUUCCAAAAGGUUUAAACCCAGGUCUGUUUCUGUAAGAUCAUAUUAGCUCUACACUACCCUCACGCAACAAAGUAUGUGGAUUAUUUCUCUGGAAAUUUUAGUUUCUUAUCAGUAGCAAACAAUGAUUACUUACACCAGAACCACUUACUGUUUAAUUGCACAACGAAACAAAAGGAAAACUUAACAGAUAAUAAGUGCAAGGUGCUCAGAUAGACAUAUAACCAAAAA